GACCAACUCGCACUUGACCGUUUUUUAUAUCAAUGGUUGCUAUUCGCAUCAGUUUUACUGUGAUAUUGAAGGAAUGCGUUCGCAUGUGUCGUUUGUUCUACUAGUUAGUUGCGUUUUGGGUGUUCGAGUGAACAGACUAACAAACAAAAUUGUUGCCGAAACCAGAGAACAGUUAUCACCAAAUUUAAUCCCAUGUGGCCUCAACGACAUAAUAAUAUUAUCAGCACCUAUAGUCAAUCACAAUGUCUCAAUUUUUCAACUUACAAACCCAAACGGAGAUAUCAGAAAUCUAGAUCUUUCCAUGACCAAAGAUGCUAUAAUACCCGACGACCAUGAAAACUCUAUAGUUGUCAAAUAUGACAACAAUAAAGAAAGGAUCAUAACUAUGCUAAAUAGUUAUAAAAUAUUUAAUAUAAAUUAUGAAAUAACAGCGGAUGGGUUGGACGAUGUAUUCGCUAAUAAUGUGCAUGAUAUUAAAGAUAAUGAAUUUUUGAUUGGUCCGGUGAGUGAAGAGGACCAUGGAAACUGGGUGUUAAGUUUGUUUGCUCUAGAAAAUGGCAGAUGGCUGGAGAUGUUUCAAGUUAUAACUAUUAAAAUUAAAGAAUACAUUACACCAAAAGAAAAGUCCCAGUCCCUGCACAAAGGGGCAACAUUUCGUUUCGGAUUCGCAUAUCCUAUCCCGAAUUUGGAGAGCUGCGAGUUUACUGCACCCAAAACUACAUACGAUAGAUGGUAUGACAGAGACCAAGAUAACUUGGACUCUUGCAUGUUCAUAGUGAAGAACAUUACCAAAGAUGACGAAGGUCUAUGGAGAGUGGUCGGUGUUGGGAGAAUCGUGUAUAUGACUCAGGUCAUAUUGGCUGUUGUUUGAUUUUGCAAAUUAGUGAUCAAUUUAAGUCAUAACUGUUACCGCCUUUAAGUAUUAUUUAUACCUAUAAUACAAAUUUUCUUCUACAAAAUAUAAUACCUGAAUCAAUGAAACAUUAAAGCACUUGGAAGAACCUCAACUUUAGUUUUCCAUACCCAAAUUUGAAUUCAAUACUCUCUGCAAAAUAACUAGCACUAAAACUAAGAUUAACUAAGAUUAUCUUAAUAGAAAAUAUCGAUAGAAAUAGGCUUAUAAACUUGGGAUUCUUCUUUUAGGCGAUGGGCUAGCAACCUAUCACUAUUUGAAUCUCAAUUCUAUUAUCAAGCAAAUAAGUUAAACGUGACCUUUCAGUCUUUUCAAGACUGUUGUUGUUGUUGGCUCUAUCUACCCCGUCAGACGUGACUAUAUGUAUGUAUGUAAAAUAUCGAAAAAGAAACAAAUAAAUAAGAGCUCCCAAUAUUUAAAAUAACAAAUGCUUUUAAUAACAAUAAAGAUUAAGUACAAAAAAUAAAUAUAAUAAACCCUAUCGAGGCAGUCUAAGCACUCAUAGGUGUAGUACGACUAACAUCAUUAACAGGCAAAGGCAUCUUCUGGAAACUUCUUCGGAUGCUGUUUCUCCAGGAAUAGGCUCUGGCGAUGGUGUUCCUGCGGUUCUUGGCAGGGAUGAGGAGGACGCCGAAACAGAUGAAGAGAAUGAAAAGCAAGAUACCUGUACACCACCACCACAUGAAGUUAUCUGGAAAUUAAGUUUAUCAGAAUCAAUUGGUAUUCUUUUAGAUUUUUUUACUUCUAAAAAGUAGAGUAGUUUAUUUUCAUCAUACUUAUUUACAGCCUUUGAUCGUGUCUAAAACUUGACUUGAGUCUAGGAGGAAACAUGGACCUUUAUGUCAGCACCCGAGUUUGCCACACAAAUUUAAAAUCCCCCGUCAUUUACCACAAUACAUAGAUGUUGAUUAUCGUUUUUUGAGUUAAAAGUUUGCAACACUAUUUAUUUUUUCAAUUACUUUUCUCUCUUUUAACCUUCAUAAAAGCCGUGUAUUCUCAGAAGCUCCAUCUAUCCAAAGCUUGAUCCAUUAUGACAACAAGUAUUUGUACAUACGUUACGAAAAGAAGUAAGUAUCUUUUCUUUUCCAUAUCGUAUUUUAUAUUUUGCGGUACCAAAUUAGGCGGUUUGUGGUCUCCUAUUACAACCAGUGGAAGAGAGGAGUGAUCCUAUUCUUCUUCCAAAACCAUACCGCGUACAAUAAAUUUGCCAUCGUAACAUCUAAAUUCAUUAAGACAAUAUAAUCAUAACAUACUUGAUGUUGGUCUAGGGGUAAUGAUUAUAGGUGCAGAUUCAGUUGUAGUAUUCUCUGUAGAUGUAUCCUCAGACGUUGUAGGUGUUUCCAUGGUAUGGCUGGUGACACCCAAGACCUCCUCUUCUCUGCCGAUGAUCUUGACGGCGACAGUCCAAGG